UCAUUGUGACGGGCCGGAUCUCUGGAUUUCUGGACUGGAAUACAAGUGCGAAUCCGGACAAGGCCAUUGAUCAACAAACAACUAAAUUAAGAAGGUUCAAAAGGACACGCAUACGAAAACUGCAUUCAUGGAUAUGCAACAGACUGUGUUUGUAGCUGUUGAGAGUACUGGUCCCUCAUCCAAUUCAACAAGCCACGAGGAAGAUGUAUCUCUCAACUGCAGCAUUACGAAUGAAGAAUUCACCGUUCCUUGCAUGAGCUCCUCUGAUGUGAAAGAUUGCAUUGAAAUGUUAAAAUCACAUCCAGGUCCACUGUUGUUCAGAAAUGGAGAGCUCUAUAGACAGUCUGAUAUCAAAAACUGGAAUGAAUUCCGGUUAAGAAGAGAGCCAGUGUGCUUGAUCAAACUAAAACGAGAAAACAGAAUCAGGUCCUGCUAUGGAGUCUAUCUGGGGAAUGAUUACACCUUGACCGCCUGUCAUACAUUUGAGUACGCUUGUCUAUAUGACGCAUAUGUUUUCUUCCCCACCACAGACUUUGUUCUGAUUUAUGAGGCAGAACUUCCCAAAGAACAGCACAUGUUUCAUGACAAAGAUCAGUGCCUUGUUAAAUUACUCGGGCAAACAGAUGUUUUGGGAAAAGGUUUACUUGACCGCAUUUGUGCACCCAGUAAGAACAAGGAUUUAUAUUUCUACACAUUUAAUAACCAGGGGGAUCUUCAAAUGCACACAUGCAAAGAUAUCACUGAUUCCUCUGCCAUGAAUGAGAAAAACCAAAGAAAUAAGUUUCUGAUGUCCACGGCAGGUCAGCCAGGUGAAAGUGGCAAUCCUGUUUUCAGUUUGAGAUCCAAAAAAUGUGUGGGAAUAUACAAAGGUAUCACAAAGUCAAAGAAAGGAUGUGCAUCACAAAUAGAUUACAAACAGUUGAUAGAAAAUACAACAUCAGGAAGAACAGAUCUGUACUGUUUGAACAGGCUCUACAGCAUCUUGUCCACUUUUAAGACUAGAUUUUUCUUUUUGCUGACCCCAAACAAUCAAACCUCUGACGAUGAUUCAGAUUGAAGUGGUGGUGUAUCUGGUCUCAAAUCUUAAAGGGAGUCCAUAUCCUCUCUUUAGGCUCAUUUAAAAAUGUGCCAGACCCAUCACCGGUGAUCCCUGUGAGAUGU